CGCCGGUGCUCAGUUCACCGUCGGCCGGGAUCUAGAUUGGACGUUCAGGGAAAAACGGCAACAAAAAAGAGCACUCGCUACCAAUCCGGGAGAUUGGUGAUACGCAAUCGCUUAAUUUAAUCUUACAUCCCGAAACAUCCCACACCCAACCGUCCGUGAAGAGAUCAGCUUGUGGUGCGGCAAGGCUAGCAAUGUGACACAAACCGUCCCAGUGCAUGCUGUAAAAAAAAAGGAAGUCUCAAGGAGUGACAAAUAAAGGCGAAAACACAACACAAACACGGCUCCACCGUUGGAUGCUGGUGGACGCAAACACACCUUCAGCCCGCUGCCCUCACCAUUUCGCCCGGAGAUAGCCCGUCCCCUAAUGCCGGAGCCGGUCCCCUAAAGGUGUGUACCCGGGGUGGGCCAAAGCCCGACACAAAGCAAACACAAACAGAAACAAACGGCGCGCAGAAGGAGACGAUACGAAGCCUGUUGAAGCCUGGGACGCGAGACAAAGCCCCGUGUUGCGAUUAUGCCACCGGCAACGUCAGGACGCAAGGGGCAUGCCGCGGCGGCAGGACACCAGGGGCGCAAGGGGAAGCCGGCCGCAGCAGCGAAGGGGGGCGAGGUGGCCCCGGUACCGGACGCGGACGACGAUACGAAUGCCGGCUUCGGGAAGUAUUUAAGAUCGCAGGAAGGGAUCGAAAUGAUGAAGCUGUUUGUGAUCGCUAACACGAUUGUGGUGUUUGUUACGAUGGCCUGGCCACAAAUGCAGCAGUCCUAUCGCAUCCUCCGUUCGCUUGUGUUCAACGACGAGGACGAAGAGUCUGGCGAUCUUUAGGUGUGUGAG